AUGCUGGUCAAAAGCAUAAAGGCCAAGGACCACUGUCAACAUCUAACCGAAAUGUUUGAUAUACUAAGGAAGUAUAGAAUGAAGUUGAACCUGAGAAAAUGUGCUUUCGAGGUCAGUUCAGGAAGAUUCCUAGGUUACAUCGUAAACAACCGAGGAAUCGAGGUAAACCCUGAAAAAAUACAAGCUAUCAUCCAAAUGAAACCCCCAACUAAACCCAAAGAAGUACAAAGUUUAACUGGAAGGGUUGCGGCCCUCAGUCGGUUCGUCUCCAAAUAUACGGACCAAUGCAAACCCUUCUUCGACACGUUACGAGGUGGAAAGAAGUUCGAAUGGACCAAAGAAUGCCAGGAUGCCUUUAACGAGCUAAAAAGACAAUUAGCCAGACCUCCGGUGCUUUCAAAACCUAAGGCAGAAGAAAAUGGCAUUCAGCAUCCGGUUUAUUACGUAAGCAAAGCGCUUCAUGAAGCCGAGCUCAGAUAUUCAGCUGUAGAAAAACUGACAUUCACCCUGCUGAUGGCAGCGCGAAAAUUGAGGUCGUAUUUCUUGGAACACCCCAUUGAGGUCCUGACCAACUCUCCAUUGAGACAAACGCUACAAAAAUUUGACACCUUUGGACGGAUGAAAGAAACCCCUUGGAAACUUUAUAUCGACGGUUCAUCCACCAAAGAACGAUCUGGAGCCGACGUCGUAUUAAUCAGCCCUGAUCACCGCAUGUUCUGUGAAGCCUUGCCAUUCGACUUCAAAGCCUCAAAUAAUGAGGCUGAGUACGAAGCUCUUAUUGCUGGAGCAAGGAUGGCCUCGGGAUUAGGGAUCUCCGACCUAAUCCUGCACAGCGACUCCCAGCUAGUCGUAAAUCAGGCCAACGGUGUAUAUAUGGCCAAAAAAGACAGGAUGGACAACUAUCUACAUGUUGUGAAAAAAGAACUCGAAAGGUUCAAAACCACCCAAGUCAAACAAAUUCCCCGAUCUCAAAAUAAUCAUGCCGAUGCAUUGGCUCGCCUAGCCACCAGUGAGGGAAUCGAGGAAUUCGAUAGCAUUCCCGUAGGAAGGAUAUCCCUACCGUCUAUUGAGCUGGAUAAAGUGGUCCUGAUGAUGAUAGACCCCAAACCAACUUGGCAGGAAGAGAUCAUCUCUUACCUAAAAACUGGAAAAUACCCCGAAAAUCCUGCAGAGGCUAGAAAGCUCCGAACAAGGUUGGCCAGGUACACUCUUAUUGAUAAUAUACUAUACAAACGGGGAUAUUCCAUGGCCUUGUUAAGAUGCUUGAAUGAAGAGGAAGCCCAGUACGCUCUGCAAGACGUUCACGAAGGAAUAUGUGGUAAUCAUUCCGGCGGACUCUCACUGGCCCACAAGAUCGUACGACAAGGAUACUUUUGGCCUGCAAUAAGACAAGAUUCCCUUGAAUUUGUCAAAAGAUGUGAUAAGUGCCAGCGCCUCGCCCCCAUCAUAAACACUCCACCACGCGAACUAAACCCAGUGACAGUACCUUGGCCCUUUUCAAAAUGGGGAGUUGACCUGAUUGGACCCAUGCCCGUUGGGAAAGGAGGUGUAAAAUUUGCCAUCAUCGCAGUGGACUAUUUCACUAAAUGGGCCGAGGUAGAGCCCUUUGCCACCAUCACCGAACAGAAAACAACCCAUUUUUUGUGGAAAUCAGUGAUUUGCAGGUUCGGCAUACCUCACUCCAUUGUUACGGAUAAUGGAAAACAGUUCGACAACGCACGACUUUCGAAUUUCUGCAAAGAGCUCGACAUCAAUAAACAUUUCUCAUCACCAAACCAUCCACAGGCAAACGGCCAAGUCGAAGCCAUUAACAAGAUUAUUAAGCACACAUUGAAAGCAAAACUUGACUUGUUAAAAGGAGGAUGGGCUGAGGAACUCCCCAGUGUGUUAUGGUCUUAUCGAACUACCGCAAGAACAAGCACUGGAGAAACCCCAUUUUCAAUGGCUUUCGGCAUAAGGCCGUGA